AUGGCUUUCUCCGCUCCUUGCCUCGCAUCUCUUCUACAGCUGCAAGACAGAACCUGCGUCAAGUCGAGCACCACGUUCUAUUCUUCGCCUUAAUCGCUGGUAUCUCGAGCUCCAGGACGAAGCAAAUUGAUCAAAUGUUGCAGCAACGUGGCACCGUGACUACCCGGCCCAUCGAAUCUGGCGACGAGGCAAGGUGGAGAAGCCUUUGGGAAGGAUACAAUGCUUUCUACGAGCGCGAGAUCGCCGAGAAGGUCACCGAGACUACAUUUGCCCGCUUCCUGGACCCGGAUGAUGUGGUGCAAGCUGCGGUAGCCGUUAGCCCAGAGGGACAUAUACUCGGCUUUACCACCUGGAUGCCCCACCGCAGCACUUCCAGCAUCGAGGAUGUUGUAUACCUUCAGGAUCUCUUCGUGGAUCCGAGCAUUCGCAACGGAGGUGCGGGUCGAGCCUUGAUCGAGCACGUCUACGCUGAAGCACGACGAGCCAAGUCGCCGAAAGUGUACUGGCACACUCAGAUUCACAACCAUCGAGCUCAAGUAAGUCUGACCGGCCAAACACAUUUCGCGUUGACGCGAUUGUGCAGAUUUGACCACACGAUUCCACAAUUGCUGCGUUGCUAGUUGCUGUACGUCAAAGUAGGCAAGAGAUCCGACCGUGCUAUGUAUAC